AUGAGGGCUGUUGGGUGCUUCAAUGACGAUGCCUUCGGGCCGGGUGUCCAAGGGUGCCGCGACGACUUCGACUUUACCCAAAAGUUUGAACGAAUAUUCUUCUUGGUCAUCCCAGCUGCUGUCUUCAUUGCAGCGACACUCGCGCGAAUCGCCGUUCUUGCCCAGAAACCGCGCCUGGUGGAUGGAAAGAUGUUGCAAUACGCGAAGCUGACCACCGUUGCCGUCUACGCGGGCCUACAGCUAUGCCUGUUGGCCAUCAUUUCCGUCGAGACCUCAGCCCCUCUUCGCGGUCUUGCCAUUGGCUCGACAACACUCGUCUUAGUCGCAUCUAUUUGCGCCAUUCCGUUGUCCUACCUGGAACAUGAACGUGCAUGUCGUCCAUCAGCAUUGCUUAGCGUCUACGUCCUUCUGACUUUACUCUUUGACGUCGUGCAAGUUCGAACGGCAUGGCUGGCAAUAGUCAACCCUCAACAAGGCAUUGUUGCCAGACUGUUUACAAGCCUCCUUGCCCUCAAAGUUGCCAUCUUGUGUCUUGAGGCCACCCCGAAAACCAGGUGGCUUCGCUGGGACUCCGACAAGCAUAGCCCAGAAGAGUCUACGAACAUCUUCAGCUUGGGGGUGUACUUCUGGCUUAACCGACUCUUACUACGAGGCUAUCAUUUGGUCCUCGGUAUCGAUCGACUGUAUCCGCUGGACGUCGAGAUGAACGCUCACACCCUGUAUACACGACUUGAAAAGCGAAUCGAUAUUGAACGAUACAAGAGUGACAUCAAAUUUGGCUUGUUCAAGGACCUAUGCAAGACACUGACUGGUCCGCUUCUGCGUCCCGUAGCGCCUCGCGUCGCGCUCAUCGGCUUCAAGUUCUGCCAACCUCUCUUUAUCAACGCAGUCUUGGACUUUUUGGCUGAGCCCAGCGAGUCUCGUCGAUCUAAUGUUGGAUAUGGAUUGAUUGGCGCAUGCGCUCUCAUCUACCUCGGCAUUGCAGUCUCGACAGCAUUUUACGACUACUACAACCAAAAGGCCGUCUUCUCCAUGAGAGGGUGUCUUGUCUCUCUUAUAUACAGGAAGACAAUCGUCGCCAAGCUCGGGGAAACGGAUGACACGGCAGCCAUCACUUUGAUGAGCACUGAUAUUGAGCGCAUUGUCAAAGGCGGGGUAUACGCACAUGAGGUAUGGGCAAAUGUCGUUGAGAUUGCCGUCGGCAGCUGGCUGCUAAACACUAAACUCGGGGCCGCUUUUGUCACGCCGAUCAUCGUCAUUGGGGUCUGCGGUACAGGGCUAGCGGUUCUUCUGCCGCUCUUCAACAAGGCGCAAGCCAGGUGGAUGUCAAGUAUCCAGAAGCGGGUUGGCCUCACAGCACACGCCAUCUCACACAUGAAGCUCUACAAAAUGUCCGGAAUCAGCGGUCCUGUUGCCGCCCUAAUCCAAGGUCUUCGUGUGAGCGAGAUAUCCACUGGAAACCAGUUUCGAUGGCUGGCAAUUGUGUCAGCGGUCCUCGGUUUUGCGCCAAUUUGCCUCUCGCCAGUCAUGACUUUUGCUGUGACUUCGCGCGCUCUGGAUGUCAGCACGUUGUUCAGCUCGAUUGCAUACAUCAUUCUUCUGGCGUCACCACUGCGCAUGAUGUUCCAGUAUGUGCCGACACUUCUCGCCUGUCUCACAUGUGUCCAGAGGAUACAAGCCUUUCUGGUCACCGAUCAACGACGAGACUUCCGUGUCGUGUCCGAUAAAGUCGUCGAACAAAGCCCGUCCCAAUCGGGUGGUCCGCAGCUUUCACUUGGAGGUGACCUUGCCUUUUCCAUCAAGGACGGUUCAUUUGGCUGGGGAAGCAACAAUAUCGUCCUGAAAAAUAUUGACGUUACAAUACCAAGUCGGCAGCUCACACUGAUCAUCGGCCCUGUUGCAUCCGGCAAAUCGACUUUCUGCAAGGCCUUGCUGGGUGAGACACCAACUCAAGAGGGUACAGUAAAGACACACGUUCCUGUAGACAAUAUUGGUUACUGUGAGCAGUCGCCGUUUCUCUACAACGCUAGUCUUCGAGACAACGUGGUCGGUCGAUCCCACUUUGACGAGAAACGGUACAUUGAAGUUCUGGAAGCGACUCUUCUGAGCGCUGACAUCACGCACCUACCACAAGGCGACAGCACGCGGAUUGGCAGCAACGGCAUCAUGCUCAGUGGCGGACAGAAGCAGCGCGUAUCUGUGGCGAGAGCACUCUACUCUGAUGCUGAUGUCAUGCUGUUUGACGACGUUCUGAGUGGCUUGGACGCAGACACAGAAGCCGAGCUGUUCCGAAGGGUGUUUGGCCCAGAAGGCAUCGUCCAGCGCAGAAAUGCUACGGCAAUUGUCUGCACACAUGCGGUGAAGCACCUGCCGUCCGCGGAUCACAUAAUUAUUCUCGGUGACGAGGGCCGCGUCGUCGGAUCAGGAGGCUUUAGCGACCUGAUGGACCACAACUGCUAUGUUCGUGGCUUGGGCCUCACAGAGGGUGCCACGGAACCCAGUAUCGAAGUAACACCGCGGCAAGCGCCGGAGACGGGGACCCGGGCCAAGCCUACGACGCCGAUGGCUGAGUCGGAGGCGAUGUCGCGCUCACGGCAAACGGGGGAUUGGACCGUGUAUAUGCACUAUUUUCGAAGCGUUCAUCCGUUCUCACUGUUGAGCCUAGUCGUCACGGCUCUAGUGUACGGAUUCUGCAACAAUUUUGCGACCACUUGGCUCAAAUUUUGGUCCGACAACACAUUCGCAAGGCCAACCACCUUCUAUAUUGGCAUCUACGCGUUGCUGAAGUCAUCCCAGCUUGUUUCAUUCGGCGGGAACGGCAUCACCACACUCAUCUCGAUGAUCACAUUUGCUGGCACAGAACUGCACCGGCGUGCCCUCAAUACUGUUGUCGCCGCGCCGUUAAGCUUCUUCACGACGACCGACGCAGGCGUUGUCACAAACCUCUUCUCGCAGGACUUGACGCUCAUUGACGGUGAUCUUCCAACAGCAUUCACAAACGUGACGCUCGACUUGGCAGAUAUGAUCGGCAUGGCCUGCGUCAUUGCAGCGGCUUCGCCAUAUCUAGCGAUAGGAUAUCCGUUCCUAUUCGGGGUUCUUUAUGCGAUUCAGAAAUUCUACCUUCGCACAUCACGGCAAUUGCGACUGUUAGACCUGGAAGCAAAAAGCCCUCUAUACACACACUUCAUCGAUACCAUCCGCGGCGUGGCUACCAUUCGUGCUUUUGGCUGGACCCAUACUGAGAUUGAGCGCAACGAUUUCCUCCUGGACACGUCUCAGCGUCCUGCGUACCUGCUAGGCGUCAUUCAGAAGUGGCUUAUGACCGCUCUGCAGCUCCUCGUGACCGGUCUAGCUGUCGUCCUCGUUUCUCUUGCAACACAGCUCCAUACAAACGCGGGUCUUACCGGCGCCAGUCUGGUGACGCUGCUGAGUUUCGGCGAGACCCUUUCGGAGCUCAUCAAGUACUACACUGGGCUGGAAACGUCCAUCGGCGCGGUGAACCGUCUGCGCACGUUCAGCGAGACGGUCGCGCCGGAAGAUCUACCUGGGGAGGAUUUGACGCCGUCCGAGAGCUGGCCUGUCGGUGGUCGUAUCGUGCUGCGGAACGUUUCUGCUGCGUACGAUAUUGCAUCAUUGACACGAGUUGGGAACCUCCGCGACUCCUCUUUGCAAGGAUUGUGCAUCCGAGACUUGUCGCUGAACAUCUUGCCAGGCCAGAAAGUCGCGAUUUGCGGCAGGACAGGUAGUGGCAAGUCCACGUUGAUCCUGCUUCUUCUGCGUCUCCUGGACCCCUUGCCGCAUUGCGCGAACAGCAUCGAGCUCGAUGGCGUGCCUCUCGCACGCAUCGAACGCGCCACACUCCGCAAGCGAAUCAUCGCAAUUCCUCAGGACGCAGUAUUCCUACCAGACGGUAGCAGCAUCAGAUCCAAUCUCGACCCAUUCGACGAAUCGUCACCAGAAGACCGCCGUGCUGUCAUGGAGGCUGUACACUUGGCCCAUUUCGUGCAACACAAAGGCGGUCUUGAACGUGGCAUGAGUGCAGCGGACCUCAGUGCCGGGCAGAAGCAGCUCUUCUCCCUCGGCCGUGCCAUCUUGCGCAAGCGGAUCAGGGAUAGACAUGUGGGCAAUGCCAAUCCUAGCGGCGGGCUAUUGCUCCUGGACGAGGUAAGCAGCAACGUCGACGUGGCGACGGACCGCAUGAUGCAAGAGAUUAUCCAGCAUGAGUUUGCCUCGUAUACCAUCGUCAUGGUCGCACACCGUCUGGAGGUGGUGAUGAAGUAUUUCGACCACGUCAUCGUGCUCGACAAAGGUGCGAUGGUAGAGCAGGGCGCGCCGGCGGGGUUGGCCAUGACUCCAGGCACACGGUUCGGUGAGCUUUGGGCGAUGUUGACGGGUCAUUCUGAUAUCGACAACCAUGGCCCGGAGUGA